AUGGAGAAUGAAAUUUCUGCCAAUAGUAGUAUUGUUCCAGCUCGUGGUGCCAGUGUUGAUUAUGCUAAUACCAAUGAUGUAGCUGCAACCAGCAACAACGAAUUGGUGGCAGCAGUGGCACCACCAUCAAUGCAACCGCAGGUGCAGCCGCAAGCACCACAACGUGUGCAAGUUUUUUGUCCACCAGUUCAGGUAACAGGAAUGGCGAGCCAUGCUGACGCUGUGCCAAGGCCAGUGCUUGUUAUGAACUUCCCUCACAUGUAUUACAUUAAGAUCAAGGUCCCAUGCAAGAGUGUCGAAGGAUUGGCAUUUGUGGAGUAUGAGAGGACAAGAGGUAAGAUGGGUCUGCACGUUAAAGGAAUUGUGGAUGUCAGUGAGGGUCGUGUUGGCCAGGUUACUGCGGUUCGUCGUGGCAUGCGUCGGACUUAUGCUGUUGGUCAGUUUAGUAUCACAUUUCCUCUUCCGGGAAGGGUGAAAAUUCCUGUGCUCCGAGGAAAGACCCCCCACAACAUCCAUGAAGUAUUGGUCACCUUCGUUGUCCCCAAAAAACCUUUUGAUGAACCUGAUUCUGAUAUCGAGGAUGAUGACAAUGAGCCUCAAUCGAUGUAUUGGGAGUAG